UCAAUGUCCUCAUUGGAUAUUUGUGCGAUCACGAGAGCUUGGUGAAGGCAAUAAAGCAAGUAGAUGUAGUGAUCUCCACAGUAGGUCAAGGUCAAAUACCUGAUCAAGUGAAGAUCAUGGCUGCCAUUAAAGAAGCUGGGAACAUUAAGAGAUUCCUUCCCUCAGAGUUCGGAAAUGAUGUGGAUCAUGUCCACGCUGUUGAGCCAGUAAAAUCAGCAUUUGACGAUAGGGUUAAAAUCCGACGAGCUAUUGAGGCUGCGGGAAUUCCAUACACCUAUGUGGUUUCCAACGUUUUUGCUGGGUAUUUGCUUCCGAGUUUCAACCAGAUUGGAGCGACAGCUCCUACAAGAGAUAAAGUUGUCAUCUUGGGUGAUGGAAAUCCCAAAGGUAAAAAAAUGAACACUGAAUUUCGGUUGUGAUUAAUUAGCCUGAUAUGAAUUUUCUAAGGAAAAAUCAUAGUUGGUUCCUUCUUUAAUUUGAUCUGCAGCAAUUUAUUGUAAUCUCAAGAUACAGUAUAUUACAAUAUACUAGACGUGUAAAUUUAAUA